GAUUGAAGUUCGCCAUCUUUAAAGAAAAGUAGUCGGAGGCAUUUUCCAGUUUCUUUGUUCAUACUUAUCACGGAAUCGAUAAAUCUACAGUUUUGAACCCAGGAAUUGUUAAAGGAAGAUGCGUCACUCAAAACAAAUGCGUUCCCCAGGUGUCUGGCUUGAUGAGUACAGCUGGGAAGAGAGGAUGGAGUGUCGUAAGCGAAAGAAAAGAGAUUCACACAGCAGCGAAAGAGAAAAUAAGUCUAGAAGAACUCACAAUCACCACAAGACACAUGAGGGGCACUACCUGGAGACCCGCAGUUUGAACCAGAGGCUGGACUCUCGGGAAGGUCGCACCCAGGACUACAGUUUGGACAUGGCCUGUGAGGAGGACAGUCGCGAAGCCACCUGCAAGGACAGAAACCUUGACUGGCACCAUUACAGCAAAUCAUCUGGGCGGAGUGGUCGCAGCAGGCGAAGCAGCCACAGGCACAGAGACAGACGGCGCAGGCGUAGCCACUCUCGCCACAGGUCCUCCUCGAGGAGGAGCCAACACCGCAGGAGCAGGAAAAGAUCCAGGAGUGUUGAGGAUGAUGACGAGGGUCACCUCAUCUAUCACAGUGGAGACAUGCUGAGAGCGAGAUAUGAGAUUGUGUGUACUCUAGGAGAGGGUGCCUUUGGGAAGGUCGUUGAAUGCAUUGAUCACUCUAAUGAUGGAGCUCGUGUGGCUCUGAAGAUCAUUAAAAACAUAGACCGCUACCGUGAGGCAGCUAUGUCUGAGGUAGAGGUGCUUGAACAGUUGAAGUCCCUUGACUCUGACAAGAGAUAUGCUUGUGUGCAUAUCCUGGACUGGUUUGACUACCAUGGCCAUGUUUGUAUUGCCUUUGAGCUGCUUGGCCUCAGCACCUAUGAUUUCCUCAAGGAGAACAACUUCCAGCCUUUCCCCAUUGAACACAUCAGACAUAUGGCAUACCAGAUUGUCCGAGCUGUUCGAUUUUUGCAUAAGAACAAGCUGACUCACACAGAUCUCAAGCCUGAGAAUAUUCUCUUCAUUGAUUCAGACUAUGAUAUGGAGUACAACUCUGACAAAAAACGGGAUGAACGAACAUUGAAAAACCCAGAUGUGAAAAUUGUGGACUUUGGUAACGCCACGUAUGAACAUGAGCACCACACAUCUGUGGUGUCAACGCGUCACUACCGCGCUCCUGAAGUCAUUUUAGAUCUGGGAUGGGACCAUUCCUGUGAUGUCUGGAGUGUAGGCUGUAUACUCAUCGAGUACUACCUUGGAUCAACUCUCUUCCAGACCCAUGACAGUAAAGAGCACCUUGCUAUGAUGGAGAGAGUCCUGGGCCCCAUCCCCACAAACCUCCUGCAGAAAACCAAGAAACGACGGUACGUUCACCGGUGCAAGCUGGACUGGGAUGUGCACAGUUCUUCUGGGAGAUAUGUCAGGAAACACUGCAAACCCCUCAAGCAUUACAUGGCAUCUAAGGAUGAAGACCACCACCAGCUGUUUGACCUGAUAGAGAAGAUGAUGGAGUAUGACCCAGCUAAGCGCCUCAGUCUUGAACAAGCUCUUCGGCACCCCUUCUUCUCCUGCUACUACAGCAGCAGCAGCAGCAGUAGCAGUAAACGCAGCAGCAGUAGAAGCAGUAGCAACAAAAGGAGACUGAACUCCUGAACCUGUUAACAUCUGACCUGUAACCUUGGUCACAUGGCGUCACCAUGUGAACAUCAUGGUGCUCGGUGCUAGCCUUUGCUUCCUGACUCUCCAGGAGAGGUGUACCUUAACUGACUGUAUCAGUCCACUGCCCUGCUUUGCUGCGUCUUGUCCCUAAAUCAGUGCUUCUUAAUCUCGCACAUCCACAAGUUCUGUUUUCAUCUGCGGCAUGUUUUGAUGUAAUCCCCCCAAGUGAUUUCUAUUUAUUUGCCAUUGUAAUUUAAAGUAUGGCUUCUGAUCAUAUCUUUGUAGAUUUUUUUUUUUUACUUCUUGUCCAGUUUUGUCCAUGUUUUUUGUGUGCAAUGUUAGGUGAUGGGUCAUGUGACAGACAGAAAUGCUUUACCCUGAUUCAGUCUCACCAGUAAUAAUUUAUUUAGCAGUGUAGAUGUAAAAAGCUCUUGCAGGCAGAAAAUCCUUGUAAAUAGAAUUUGUUCAGGUAUUUCACUUUUUCACUGACUGGUUAUGUAACUUUUGAAUUAUCAUGUACAUUUUCUCAAUAAACGUGAAUUG